UUAUUAUUUUUCUGAUUUUCUACUUAAAUUAAUUGUUUUUAUUUUGACUCUAAAUAUUUGUUACCAACAUUUCUCUCUCAUGUCUUUGUUGUGUGUAACAGUGAAGCGUGCAAAGUUGCAAGGCUCAAUAGAAGAAUUUCAUUCUUAUGUUACAUUAAAGCUACAAAAUGUAAAAUCAACAACUGUUGCAGUUAGAGGAAUACAACCACAAUGGGAACAAGAAUUUAUUUUUGAAACAAAUCGACUUGAUCAAGCCCUUUUUCUUGAAUUAUGGAAUAAAGGGGUUUUGUGGGACAAAUUAUUGGGUGUUUGCUUUAUGAGAUUAUGUGAUGUUGGGUAUUCAAAUUCCUCUGGUUGUGGUAAAUGGUUGCAAGUUGAUCAUGAAUUUAGAACAUUGAAUGGGGAUAUUGUUGGGACUUUACAUUCUACUGGUCAUUCUGUGUUGGUUGACUGUCGAUUUGAACUUCCUUACGGUAAAUAUUUAAUUUUUGUAAAAAAAACUUGAAAUUCUCAACUUGAAACCCUUUUUUAAUUUCCUCCAUAAUACGAAACUCUAUCCCUUUGUAGUAAAAUAAGAGGGCAAAACUAAACUGUUUAAAAAUUUUUUGUUCUAUUGCAACUCUUGAAUAUGCUUAUUUUCUUUCUAUUAUCUAUUCUUUUUUGGUCUACUUUUUACCUCAAUAUUGAAACUUUAAAUAAAAGGUUGAGAGACAGUUUUUUGGGAACACACAAACAAUUGUGUGCCUACGCAAAAGGCACACAAUUGUCCCCUCAAUACCAACUAAUAUUUAUUUAUCCUGUUCGGCGCGCCUCAUUCCUCGUCCCCUUUUUUAGUUCCGCUCUUUUGCUUCGUUGAAUAUUUUAUAGAUUUUCUUUUCUUUAUUUUUUGUUAGCCACCUUAUUGCCAAUAAA